UAGACCCACACCCUGGUGUCACUAACUUACGUGUCGGUCAUUACCUUUUAUGGUUAGGUACUUGAAGGAAUAGUAACAGAAAAGAAGAAAGGAUCGCAGAAAGCGAAUAGCAUCAAUAUCGUUACGUCGGUUUGUUCGUACGAUUUUAUGUCGGAUUUGUAAAUGAUUUCCUAAUACUGUGCCUUCCGUACUAUUUGUGUCAACAUAAAUUCAGUACGACUACUAUUUUUUUACGGUCCUAACUUAUCUUUAAUUCGAUUUAUAUUCGAACAAGUGAGACGGGAGACCGUGACAUAUUGCGUUCGUGGUCGAUGUUUAUUUGCCAUUGUUCGCGGUAAUAUUAUUUUGUUCGUACGUACUAACAUACGUGAGUGUUCUAAGGAGAAUCGUUCAAGUCUUUUUCUAUUAUUCUCAACAAUUUGCUAUUGAUCUUUAAUUCUGUUCAACGUCAAAGUUAGAAGGUGCAAGAUGUACGGUUGUAGUUAUCAAGAGCUUACUAAUAGAAUGAUGUCAUCCAUGGAGGAAUUUCAGGAGGCAUUCCAGCUUUUUGAUAGUCGAGGAGAUGGAAAGAUUCAUGUAGCUCAAAUUGGAGAUGCUUUGAGAGCUCUUGGACAAAAUCCAACCGAAUCGGAUGUAAAGAAGUUCACCCAUCAACAUAAACCGGACGAACGUAUUAGUUUCGAAGUGUUUCUACCCAUUUAUCAGGCUAUAAGCAAAUCUCGUACAUCGGACACAGCCGAUGACUUUAUAGAGGGUCUACGUCAUUUCGACAAAGAUGGAAAUGGCUUUAUAUCUUCUGCUGAAUUGAGACAUCUGCUAACAACGCUGGGGGAGAAGCUCAGCGACGAAGAGGUUGAAACGUUAUUAGCUGGCCAUGAAGAUUCACAGGGUAAUAUUAAUUAUGAAGAUUUUGUUCGUCAAGUGAUGUGUGGUUGAAUGUUUAUUCCCCAAAACAGUAAUAACUCAUUCAUUGCUUCACGAAGAAUUUUGUUAAUUGCAACAUUUCUUAACAAUGUUUUCUCAUUGUACUAUGUCGAUCGUCGAAAUAUUUUGUACAGAAAAAUGUGAUUGCCGAUAUUUUCAAUACAGACUACGACGUACAAAGAGAUGAAAGCUUGUUUAGAAUCAGUAAAUAUUUGUGAUUUCUAAAGUUAUAUAGAGAAAGCGAACAGUCUGAAAUUAAACUGUAAUUUGAACAUGGAAAAGGCCGCAAAUUGACUUUGUGAACUGUUGAUAAUAUUCGAUACAUUCCAUAUGCUGUUCUGUCAAUUUAGUUUGCGUAUUAUUGUAUGUCCUCGAUUGGUAUACAAAUGAUUUUAUUGGAUACACUAUGUAUGGCUUGGUUGUAGAUAUUACCUUUUUUCAACACAAUAAUGCAAUCAUGUUAUUUUCUGUUCAAACAAUUAACAUUGUUCUAGAUUAAAAACUGCAAUGCAUCGAAUGAAAUAAAAUUUUCUAAAAUAGAAGCUUAAUGUUGGAAUUGCAUUAUCUCCUUCUACAACACAUAAAACCAACCAAAACUAAAUAUUUAUACUUGUCAUAAUUGUUAACACUCGAAUGGAAAUUUGUGAUUCCUAUUUUAACCCAAUGUGUCGAUGUAUUCGUCUAAUAUUCCAAUUUGUCACCUUCUAGUGAUUAACUCGAAUUUAUAAUAAUAAUGAUUUACAUAUGUCUAUCUAUAAAAUCAUCUUACAUACAUUGUCUUUUAUCAAUUCAUCGAUUUAACCGGUAAUAGUAAUGUACAUUUUUGUGCUAUCAAAAUUCAGCGCUGUUUAUUCAGGUCAGAAAAUAUGUUCAGCGAUGGUUAUACGUAUUAUUGAUGAAUAAAAAUAAUUGAAAACGA